UUUCUCUGUUCCUCACUGGUACGUUCAAUACUUUUGGUCAUGGCGGCGCCAGCGGCAGCAGCAGCGACCAGAACUCUACUCUCUUUACAAAACCAAUCUGCCUCCCCAUUUAUCCCUUCACGUCAAAAUGUCAGUUUACGUCAAAAUCUCGGAAUCCCCAUUACCUGUUCGAUGAAAAGCCCCUUCAAACACCUCUCUACAUAUUCGUCUCCUAAUUCUCCUAUUACCCCUCUAUCGGCCACCACUACCAACUCUCCCACCACAUCUCCUACCACCCCUACCAACUUCCAUGGCCUCUGCUAUGUGGUGGGCGACAACAUCGACACCGACCAAAUCAUCCCCGCCGAGUAUCUCACCCUCGUCCCCUCCAAACCUGAUGAAUACCGCAAGCUCGGCUCUUAUGCCCUCAUCGGCCUUCCCUCUACAUACCCAAUUCGCUUCGUGGAGCCAGGGGUGUUCCAGUCCAAGUACUCUAUUGUCAUCGGGGGCGACAAUUUUGGAUGUGGGUCGUCACGGGAGCACGCCCCUGUAGCCCUUGGGGCCGCUGGGGUAAAGGCUGUUGUGGCAGAGUCAUACGCGAGGAUAUUCUUUAGGAAUUCGGUUGCUACAGGGGAGGUUUAUCCAUUUGAUUCAGAGGUUAGGUUGUGUGAGGAAUGUUCAACUGGAGAUGUUGUCACUGUUGAACUUGCUGAGUGCCGGUUAAUUAAUCACACGACUGGGAAGGAGUACAAGUUGAAGCCUAUUGGAGAUGCUGGACCUGUUAUUGAAGCUGGAGGGAUUUUUGCUUAUGCAAGAAAGACUGGAAUGAUCCCUUCGAUUUAGAGCUGAAAUCUGCAGGGUUUGGAAUUACAAGACUCAGAUUCAUGAUUGUAUAAGCAGCGAGUGGAUUUAAGUUGUUCUCUUUCAAAACCUUAGGUUUAGAGCCUUCCCUUAACAGCCUAGUAUUUGUAAUGGAGUUGUUUUCCUUUUAUUGAAAAGUAAAUAGGAGUGUUCAGCUUCUGUAAUGCUAUCUAUGCUUUGUUCUUCUAGUUCAUAUGUGGAACUUCCAGUUUUAGAUGUUUCAACUUUAUGUUAGUGAACUAUGAGGUGUAUUUGUUGCACUUGAUUUAGCUUGAGUAGCAGUAAAAUCUGAUGGCUUCUAUAGGACAUGCUUGAUUAUUCGGAUAUUGGACACAAGAUUUGAAAUUUUCUUUUUCUCAGUUAGUAAUUGGAUUUGAAUUUAGAUAGUGCUUUAUCUA